UAGUACUCUAUCUUUUUCUCGUAUAUAUUUUUUUCUGAGAGUUUUCGACUGUCUACUGAUCUACUGAUGCGGUAGCGUUUUCUGGUUUCCUUUUUAUUAUGUAAUCUUUUCCUCUAUUUUGUAAUCCCCUCCACAUAUCCAAUAAAAAUUUUUUCUUUUUAUAACAAAAUUCUUCUUUUACAGAUAGUAAUUACACAAUACGCUUACAAAAUGUUGUAAAAUACAGACUUUACGAGAGUCUAAGAACUACUGUAGUUUCAGUGUUCCUAAUUUAUAGAGCUAGCAAUAUCACAUUGUACAUUCUGGAAAAUUCUUAAAGUGAUAUCGUUCAAACCUAGAAAUUUCUCAUAGAUAUUACUUAUUGAAAAGAAAAUUUCCAAAAGAAGUUCUAUUCAACUUAAUCAUAGAAAGAAAAUUUAUUGUUUUAUUUUGACAUAGAAUAUCAGCUCUAUUCAAGUUUGACAGAGAUUUAUCUUUAUUGGUUGCUUUUUAGUAUAGACUCUACAAAAACAUGUAAUCAGUGUUGUAACAUACCUAGGUAUAAGUACCUAGGUACUGUACCUAGAUACUUUAACGGUACCUAAGUGGAUUACCUAGGUCUUAAUAGGCAGAUGUACCUGUAUCUGUAUUUAAGUAUUUUUUGUAGGUACCUUUUAGGUUUUUAGAUAUAGAUACAUUAAGGUAUUUACAUUAUAUUCUCUCUAGCAUCUGAAAGCACAAUCGCUCGUUGAGUGCUCAGUGAGCGGCUCUUUGUGAUUAGUAUAUGCUUUUAGAUUUUAAAUUUUAGACCAAUUACAGAUAAUCGCUAGGAUUUCGGAACGCGCCUCGGUAGCAUGCGAUAGCAUGUGGAGGGGAUGUAAAAAACAAAAGCUACUACGCGUAGCUCGCAUCUCUUCACAUGCUGUCACAUGAUACCGGCUACAGGCACGAGCAUGUUUAUUUAAAACCUAACGUAAACACGUCUAUGUUGUUCUCUCUUUCCCUGUGUGAUACCCGUGUUGUAACAGUUAAGUUUUAUUUGCGCAUUCGAAUUUUUAAUUAGUUUCUCCAAAAUGUCCAUAGAUUGCAAGGAUUUACCAUUAAUUUUAAGUGGACAAUUUUUUACAAUUGUACGAAACGAGGAAAAUCCAGAAAGUCAGACAAAAAAGACUAUUGCAAAAUGCAUGUUAUGUCCGAAACAGUGUCUCAUAAGUAGUUCUAAAACAUCAACUGGCAAUUUUCAUAAGCAUUUGCGGAGAAAAAGAAAUCCUUCUUCAAUCAACAUGGUUGGAAUGACACAAAGGCCAUGGACCCCUACAAAAAGACGAGGCCCAAUUGCCGCCGAAUAUAACAGCCCGGGACCAGCUUGUGUAACUUUACCACCAUUAAUAGGAAAAACACUUACAGAUUCUAAACGAGGAAGAGCACCAGCAUUCUCCUUUGGCAGCAGACAUACAAUCAAAAACAAUAAUGCUGGACCUGGUCCUGGGCAAUACAAUGUCUCUGGGCUUAGCGCAAAAGGGAAGGAUGCUGCACCUGCCAUGUCUUUAUACGGCCGAACGAAAUCGACAAGACUGGAAAUUACACCAGCACCAGGUGAUUACAAUCCGGAAAAAGCGGAAAAAGUAAUUCUUGAUAGCUCGCCGAAAUAUUCCUUUGGUGUUAAAACGCAAAUUGAGAAAAUCAGUUGUACACCCGCUCCAGGUACAUAUCAUCCGGAAAAAGUGGGAUUGGACAAUACAUCGCAGUUCUCAUUUGGACUUAGAACGCCACUCGAUAAGCCGAACGACACGCCAGCGCCCGGAACAUACAGUCCGGAAAAAGUAAAUUUGGAGAAGGGUCCUCAGUAUAGUUUGAGCGGCAAAAGCCGAAUCGAAAAGUACAAUGAUACACCAGCACCGGGUACAUAUUGUCCUGAGAAAGUAAGAUUGGAUCUAUCACCGCAGUUUAGUUUUGGAUUCAGACCUACUAUAGAGAAACCGAGCGAUACGCCAGCACCCGGUACUUAUAGUCCCGAAAAGGUGAACUUGAAUAAAGGACCUCAGUAUAGCUUGAGUGGCAAGGGAUCAACCGAGAAACCGGCCGAUACACCAGCACCAGGUACUUAUAGUCCAGAAAAAGUAAAUUUAAACAAAGGGCCGCAAUACAGUUUGACUGGUAAAGGGUCCGCUGUAAAACCUGUGGAUACUCCAGCACCUGGAACAUAUUCUCCGGAAAAAAUGCGAUUGGAUAAUACGCCGCAAUACAGUUUCGGAAUUAAACAUGCUCCGAAUAAACUCUGUGAGACACCAGCACCUGGAACUUACAGUCCAGAAAAAGUAAAUUUGGAUAAAGGACCACAGUAUAGUUUAACUGGCAAAGGAUCUGCGGAGAAACCUAUCGAUACUCCUGCGCCUAGCGCGUAUUCACCCGAAAAGAUAAAAUUGGAUACUACGCCGCAAUAUAGUUUUGGACUUAGAACUCCUUUAAAUAAACCCAGUGACACACCAGCACCUGGAACUUAUAGUCCAGAGAAAAUAAAUUUAGACAAAGGGCCACAAUAUAGUUUAACUGGCAAAGGAUCCGUUUUAAAAGCGAACGAUAUUCCUGCACCCGGCACAUACAGCCCGGAGAAGGUGAAACUGGAUAAAGGGCCACAAUAUAGUCUGGCCGGAAAAGGGAUGCCGGAAAAGUUAAACAACAAUCCAGGCCCCGCUGAUUACAAACCAGAGAAAGCUCUCAAUCUGGAACAUAAACCUUAUUACAGUUUUGGUGAUAGAAAAUCUUUGGAUAAGCCUAAAGAUACACCAGGCCCAGCCGAUUAUACUCCAGAGAAAGCUUUAAGUCUGGAACAUAAAUCAUAUUUCAGUUUUGGUAAUAGAAAACCCCUUCAUAAAUUCCACAAUACCCCAGCUCCCGGUACAUAUAGUCCCGAGCAUAUGAAAAUGUUUAAAUCACCGCAAUAUAGUUUUGGUGUUAAAACCAAAAUCUGCGAGAAGAACUCUAUACCAGGUCCUGGUGAGUACAAUCCAGAGAAAGCAAUGCUUUUGUUAGAGAAAGCGUUGAAAUUUACUUUUGGCCUUAAACCGUUUAUAAGCAAAUUAAAUAAUGUUCCAGCGCCUAAUAUCUAUAACAUUCCUUCCGCUCUCGGCGGAACUAAGGAGGGCAACAAGAAAGCGGCACCCGCUUAUUCGAUAUCCGGUAGGCAGAAAGUCUCUACGGACGAUCGUGUUCUUGUACCUGGACCAGGCGCAUAUGAGACUAUUAAACCGGACGCGGUCAGAAUGAAGAGUCCGGCGUACAGUAUUAGCGCACGUUUCGCGCUACCUGACGAUCAUUCGCAAAUCCCAGGACCUGGAGCACACUGCCCGGAAAAGGUACUUCUCGACAUUCCUCCUGCACAUACAUUUGGCAUCAGACAUUCGCCGUACAUUUGCAAUUUGAAGGACGCAGUUUAUUAAUUUAUCUAUUAAUGACAACUAGUAAUUUGCCAAUUAAGGGGAUGCUAAAGAUGUUCUUUAUUUAUCGACUAAAAACGAGUUAAUUUUUACGUACGCUGUUUUCCUAAUUUAAAGAUUUGCAUUUAAAAACUUAAAAAUCCUUUUCCUCAAUUAAGGUAUAAGUAUUAAUGUACCUCAAAAUGAUCGACUUUACGCCAAGAACGUUAAAUUUAUAUAUUUUUUAUCUUAUCUUAUUGUUAAUCCAAUAUGGCAUUUAGAGCUGUCAACGGGUGUCAAUAUUUGCUUCAAACAAAUAUUUGAUUAUUUUCUACAAAAGUAUAUUGUGAGAGAUAGAUGCAAAUUGCACGUAAAAACAACAUAAAAUUUUCAAAAUUUGAUUUACAAGGGAAAUGCAUGAAGUGAUAAUAGUGAAUGGGUACAAAUUAUACAGGGUGUGCGAAAAGUGUAGAAAGCCCUAAAUAUUUCCGUUGCCUUGCAUUUUACAAGAAAAUGUUUCAGACAAAAAUUAUAGUUUUAAAAAAUUAUUUACUGAUCUCAUCAAUUUGACCUUGGAUGACGUUGCCAAGGUCACAUCA